AUGACCAGAUCACAAUAUUCACAUUGGAUGAGUGAUUUCUCUCAACCAAACCAAUGGCGUCAAUUACUACGUGCCACCCUGCGCGAAUGCACCUACCUACCUGAUCCCGUCGCCCGAACCUACAUGCACAACUAUGUCAUCUCGCGAUAUCGUGCUGUUUCCGCUCGUCGUCUGAAGGCUGGUCCUCAAAUGGCUCAUGCGGCACAUGAAGCAAAACACACCUGUUCAUAUCUUCGGCGAGCUAAUGAGGGUUUUCAACGGCCCCUCGACAAAGUGCUGUUACAAUCAUACGGUCGCACGGGGAAGAGGCGUCAUGAACUGCUAUCAGACCUAUUGAACGAUCACCUCCCGAAAGACACUGCCUCUUUAAAGGAAUAUCUCGCCCAAACGGUUGAUUAUGGGGACGGGUGGAAACCCCCCGUCAUUAUUGAGACGCUUGCUCGAGCGCACCUGCAGAAUGCGGUGGUCACGGCAAAUCGUAUCAGGCCUUUGGUCAAAGUCCUCGCCCCGCCAAUUCCUAAAACCAAUAUUUGGGGGAAAGAAGUCGCUCUCGUGCGGCGAAGAAACAUUCGCAGGAAAUGGUACAAUGAUACCUUACACCGUCUUAUGCCGCCAAUCCCAGAGCAAGAAGUGAAACAACUCGAUGGAUUGAUAUCGGGGACCAUACAAUGGAAGCCUGUCAAAAGGCGAACCCCAGGCACAAGUGCGUUGGGCUCAAGCAAGUCAGAGCUUAGCUCCUGGCAUGAGCAUGACGCUUCGCUCUUCAAUUUUCUCGCAAAAGGUCCUGAGAAAGGCGAGACUUUUGACGAAUGGGCAAAUGGGCGGCCACAUAAAAUCACGGCUCGCUUCAUGCGUCGUCAUUGGCGACGUCUUUCUUCUUUAAUCCCUCGCCCAUACUGGAGCCCCGUGUCCAAAAAGUGGCUCUUCGUGUGGGAUUCACCAAAGGAGGUUCCAUCCCUAUCGAUUGAUCUGGACAGUAGUGUUAAUUUAGAAGCCCUUUUGCGUCUUCCCAAGGAGAAGGAGAAGAAAAGACAUAAAAAGCUCAAGGCAAGUUGCAUAGAUCGCGACGAUAAUACAUAA